GCGACGCCAGUCGGAGGGAAGCCGGAAGUGGCGGCGGGGCAGCCGCGUGGGGACCGGCGGAGCCAUGGGCCGGGGGCCGGGGCCGCGGCGGGGACCGGGACCGGGACGACGGGGACCGGGACUUGGAUCGGGAUCAGGACCGGGACCGAGGCAGAGACAGAGGCAGGGAUCGAGAUCGGAUCAGGGACCGGCAGCGGGGCCGAGCGCCCCGCAACGCGGUAGGAAGGAGAGGAAGAUGGACAACUUGAAGCCCAAGCACCCCGACGAGCAGGAGAUCCCCUUCCGCCUGCGGGAGCUCAUCAGGAGCCGUGAGGCCAUGAAGCAUCCCAGCCGUGAGAAGAGGCCAGCGGCAGAGAAGAAGAAGCAGCCCAAGUCAGAGGGCCCCAAGGCCCCGGGAGACAUCCCCGUACCCAAGUUCAGGAGAGGAAAGGGGGAGUCAGAGCACUCCUAUAUCUGCCGCAUGGAGCAGGAGGUGCAGCGUGUCCUCUUCCUCACCAAGAACCAGCUGCAGCGGGAGCCUGAGAAGGAGGGAAUGGCACCGCAGAAGUCCAAGAGAAAGAAAGAAUUUCAGAAUAAGAAGCUGGAAAAAGCUCGGAAGAAGAAGGAGGAGAAGAAAGAGGCCAUGCUGGAGAAGAGACUGUUCCAAGACAAGGUGGCAUUUGGUGAAGUGGUUACGCAGCCGCCCACGAUCACCUCACGGCCCAGGGGCCGGGGCCCCACAGAGAAGGCUGGACAGAAGCAGCUCCUCCUGACGUCUCGCCUGGGCCAGAGCCAGGCGUCCCCAGUGUCACCAGCAGUGCCAAUGUCAAUGGCUCGCCGUCGCAUCGUGGAGGAGGAGAGAGCACGUGUCAUCCAGGCCUACAGGGACAUCCAGAGGCGCAAACAGAAGCAGCGGGAAGCGGCGCAGGGCAGCGCCUGGGCCAAAUGCAGAGUCCCCAGCUGAGUCCAGCCUGGAGGAGCUGGGUUUCUGGUCCCAACAAGGGCGUACAGGCAGCACGGGACCCCAGGACUUGAGCGGGACAGUUGUCCUGAUGCUGCUCUUCUGUUGCUGAGCCCUGGGGCUCCCCACGGCCCCGCACCUCGGCUCGGGGCACCCCCAGGGCUCAGCUCUGGAGCUGGGACCGCUGUGGUGCCAUGGAACUAUUUGUAGUAAAAGUGCCGCUGAG